AGCAGUCUCAUUUCUUGAUAACACAGAAAUCUCUCUAAUUAGAAUAAAUAUCUUGAUAACACAGAAAUCUCUCAAGAGUAGAGAAAAAAAAAAAUGGACAUACAAAGGGAAGCAAGAGGGGAAAAAUGUAAGCCUAGGAAACUCAAGAAUUUCAUGUCAAUCAAAACACUGCUUGUUUUCAUCAACUGCAUCUUCAUGGCAGUUGGCCAAAUAGCAGGUGUUAUGCUUGUUAGGAUUUACUUUUUGCAUGGUGGAAAAAGGAAAUGGUUGCAAGCUUUUUUGCUUACAGCAGGGUUUCCAAUCUUGGUUUUGCCAAUUGCCAUUUCUUAUGCAAAAAGAAGAAAAGCUAAAACAGAAACUAAUAGAGUUAUACUCACACCAAAACUAAUAUUAGCCAGUGCUAUUUUAGGUCUCCUUUUUUGUGUUUGUAGCUACCUUUACACUUUCGGCAUGUCUUAUCUUCCCGUUUCAAUUUCCUCCCUCCUCGCUUCAACAUCACUGGCUUUCACGGCGAUUUUCGCUUAUUUUUUCGUGAAACAUAAGUUCACACAUUAUUCUAUAAAUGCUGUGGUUUUGAUGACAUUUGGAUCAAUCAUAUUAGGGCUGCACAUGAAUGGAGAUAGGCCUAAAGGAGAGUCGAAUCGUCAAUACGUUUUAGGGUUUGUCAUGACAAUUGUCGGUGCUGCUCUUCAUGGAUUUGUAAAUGCAGGGGUGGAGUAUAGCCAUAUCAAAGCUGGAGUUGUUGUUACGUUUGAUCUUGUCAUGCAAAUGCAGUUUCUUAUAUGCAUCUUCUCCACUUUGUUUUGUGUCGUCGCCAUGAUUAUUAAUGAAGAUUUUCAGGCCAUCCAUAGAGAGGCUGGAGAAUUUCGACUGGGGCAGAACAAGUAUUAUAUGAUAUUAGCACUAUCAGCAAUAGCUUUGCAAAUUAUGAUUAUUGGAAAUCUUGGACUGAUCUUCAGUUCCUCAGCUCUAUUGUCAGGGAUAGUUAACUCUCUUCUAGUUCCAGUACAACAGAUCUUUGCUGUGAUGUUCUUACCUGAAAGCUUCAAUGCAGAAAAGUGGAUGGCUUUAGCUAUGUGUCUUUGGGGUUUCGCCUCUUAUUUCUAUGGUGAAUAUAAGGCCAGCUUAAAGGUCACAAAAACUAAACACGCGACUCAGCCAGACCAAGUUUGAGUAAAUUAUUACCUUUGUAAUUUUCAUUGGUUUUAUGCAGAAUUUUUGGUAAAUAAUGUCGACCUAUUAUUUUAAUUCGGCUUGUACACAAGUUCUGAUCUGGCGCUGUGCGCUAUUGAAGGCUUUACUUCCUAUUGGUGUUGGCAGCCUAUUAUGUAUGCAUGUUUAUUAUUAAUAUAUA